AAUCGAUAACAGCCAGUGCCAUCACUAUUACCAAAACGUAUUGUGCAAAAAAUAAAGAGAAAAGAAAUUUAAGCAAAAACUGCAAGCAUGGCCCACGACCGCGAGGUGUUGCGUAUGAUCUGGGAGGGCCAGAUAGGCAUCUGCUUCCAGGCGGACCGCGACGAGAUCGUUGGCAUCAAACCGGAGCCCUUCUAUUUGAUGAUAUCGCGACUCAGCUACUUGCCCCUGGUCACUGACAAGGUUCGCAAGUACUUUUCCCGCUAUAUAACUGCCGAGCAUCAGGAUGGCGCCGUGUGGUUUGACUUUAAUGGAACGCCCCUGCGCCUACAUUAUCCAAUUGGUGUCCUGUAUGACCUGCUGCAUCCGGAGGAGGACAGCACACCCUGGUGCCUUACCAUACACUACUCCAAGUUCCCCGAGGACACGCUCGUCAAGCUCAAUUCCAAGGAACUGCUGGAAUCCCAUUACAUGUCCUGCCUGAAAGAGGCAGAUGUCCUGAAGCAUCGCGGCCUGGUCAUUUCGGCCAUGCAGAAAAAGGAUCACAAUCAACUGUGGCUGGGCCUGGUCAAUGACAAGUUCGAUCAGUUUUGGGCCGUCAAUCGGAGACUGAUGGAGCCCUAUGCCGACCAGGAGUCCUUCAAGAACAUUCCCCUGCGGCUCUAUACGGACGAUGACUUUACGUACACGCAGAAAUUGAUAUCGCCGAUCGGCGAGGGUGGACACAAAAAGAGUCUGGCCGAUCUGAUGGCCGAAUUAUCGACACCUGUGCGCAAAGCGGUUGGAUGCCGCACCCAUGGUAUAGAUCUUCACGAGGAAACGCAGCUGCAGUGGAUGUCCGAGCACCUUAGUUAUCCAGACAAUUUCCUGCAUUUAUCGGUGGACUACAAGGAUGUCUAGUCCAGCCUCUAUGUAUAUAUGUAUUUCUAUAUAUAUAGUGGUGUAUAUAUACCCCAUGUUAGCCCAGUCCGUGAGUGAGUGUGUGUGAGUGUCCAUGUCAGCGUGCAAUUCUAUUUUUCGAUUCCAGCAAAUCCCAGGGCGAUCCUCAUCGAUCGAUAUAUAUAUACGCAUGUAUAUAUAUAUAUAUAUAUAUAGAACUAUACGUCUAGUUAAGUUUAAUCCGUAUGUAAUAUUUAUGAUAUAUGCCACAGCAUUUAACAGAGCGAGCAGCGCAAACCAAACGAUUACUGGAACUACCCACUAAACUAAUAAUACCAAUAUUUAUACCUAUAUCUAUUAUAUACAGUCAAACUUCUUAAAAACAAAAAAAAAAAAAAAAACAAAGCAACUAUUAUUCUACCCUUGCCUUAUGUUAGUUUUAUUAUUGUUUUUUUCUUAUUUUUUAUAAUAACACCUGAAAACAUCACGCGACUUUGUAUAUUAUUUAUAUAAGCUAUUUUUUAAUGACUGUAAUAAACAA